GCCAAGAGUGUGUGGAUUUGUGUGAGUUAAAAACCUCAAAUUCUAGAUUAUUUUUAAAAAUAGUUGAUAAAACGCAGAUAUCUUUCUUUGUUUCAUUCGUACGCAUAAUAUAUACGUGCAAAAUCAGUUAGUGAUGUCCGGUUUCACGGAAAACGCACUUAUAAGGAAGUUGCAAGAGUUGAAUUCAAGUCAACAAAGCAUCCAAACCCUAUCUCUGUGGUUGAUACACCACAGAAAGCAUCAUGCCGCUGUGGUCAAAACAUGGUUUAAAGAGUUAUUAAAAGUUAAAGACUCCAAGCAAUUAACGUUUAUGUAUUUGGCCAAUGACGUUAUACAGAACAGUAAGAAGAAAGGGCCGGAGUACAGCAAAGUGUUUGGAGAUGUGUUAGUCGAUGUGUUUAAGCAUAUGGCCAAAACUGGUAUUAAUGAGAAAACCAAGCAUUCGCUACACAGAAUACUAAAUAUAUGGGAGGAGAGGGGCGUGUAUGAUUCCCAGAAGAUACAAGACUUUAAAGAAGCUGUUGAUCCUAAUGAUGCAAUACCUAAAAAAGCAAGUAAGAGGAGGGCAAGUGAAAAAGAAGGUAAAGACCCAGAGAAAAGAUCUAAAAGUGACAAGGAACCUAAGGAGCGGGAGAAGCGUGAACGUCGGAAAAGUGAGAACAAGACUGAUUCCGAUGGACACAAUGACAUGAGUCCAAAAACUCCACCCGGAGACCCCCCAGAACCCGAGGAGCUUAUUAAGGCUUUGCUAGAAUUGGAAUCAAGUGCAUCCAGCGACGAAGCGGUCAGGGAGAGGAUAGCAUCUCUCCCUCCAGAAGUCUCCGAAGUGCAAUUAUUGUCCAAGUUGGAAGACAAGGAGUCUGCUUUAGCUCUGAGCGCUAUAGUCAACUCGGCGGUGGAGUUACUCGCGGAGUACAAUCUGCGUUUGGCUGAAGAGUUGGAGAAGAGGAAGAAGGUAGCGGGCAUGCUGAGAGACUUCGCCCAGGCGCAGCGGGAGCAGGCUAAACAGGCUGAGGCUAGAUUGGAGGAAUACAACGUGAAGCUGCAGAAGAUCUACGCGGUGAAAUCCGAAGUGAAGUCGCACAUAGAGAAUCUGCCUGACGUGUCUCGGCUGCCCGACGUCACAGGCGGCCUCGCCCCUUUGCCAUCCGCCGGCGACUUGUUCAGUAUUUGAAAAUGUCUUUACCCUUCAAAAAACCCGUUGACAUGUGCUGAUCGAUAUAUCGCAGUCAUCUAGUUGAAUCUGCUAUUUGAUUGAAUGACUAGCGAAUUCAUUGCAUGAAACCAUUCAAUUAACAGUUAAAGAAUUGACGAGUUGUCCUUUCGUUUAGACGUUAAACGUUACAACUUAAAGUCAACGACUUGACUAGUUGGCCUUUAGUCGUUAAAUUAAAUUGUUUAAUUAAAUGAAUUUGCUAGUCAUACAAUUAAAUAGCAGAUUCAACCAGAUGACUGCGACAUAUACAGGGUGCAAUUAACCCUUCCGGCCGAAUUUCAAUAUAUUGAUCCUUGUUAAAAAUAAAAAGGC